AUGACAAGUUCUUCCGGUAAAGGACCUUCCUCUGAUCACACCACUGGAACCACAACAGGUGAACUCUAAACUAAUUGCAGCUUGCCAGAAUUUAUCUAUUAGCAGAGACAGUAACGGUUAUUUAGAGCAUCCAGUCAUCAAAUUGUUAGACAAAAAGAAUUAAACUAAUUUUUAUUUUUUAAAGCCUUCAUAUCUAAAUCCGAAUUUUCACUAUCCUGGGUUAUCUUCACCCAGCGUUGAGCAAUCCAGCCCAAGUGUAUUAAAUAUAGGCAAGAAUAUCCACUUUCCUUUCUUAUUCUGGAAGCAACAUUAAUAUUUUAACUCCCAGUACCCCCCCUAAAAAAAAUAGAGACUUCCCUCUAUAUUUGAGUCACCCAAGAGAGAAUAACGGAACAUUAUUCUUUCUUGAGUCAGCAAAGUGCAAGACGAUAAUAACAGUUAGAAUAAUAAAAUCAAUUAAUCAAUCAACCGAGCGCUUAUUACUAAACUGACACUGAAAAAUGAAUUACUACACCUGCUUGCCUUUUAAAUUAAAUUAGGGAUUUUGUUUAUUCUUUUUUCAUACCUUAUCUCCAUAUAGAGCGUUUUCACUAACGUGGUCGUUAGCUAUUCAAAUUUAUUACGAAACAAGAAAGCGUUUACACCAACAUAGACGGUGUGACGUCAUGUCAAAAGCUUUAUAGCAUUGGCGGAUCUAGGGCCAAAGAGGGGCUCGGGAGAGGCCAGGGCCCCCUCCUUAUUCUUUAGGCACGAGUGAGGCACGUAGGGCCAAGAAAAUUAUCCUCGAGACCGGCUACCCUUAUUCUUAGGGUCUGGAUGAGGCCAAUCACCCCCCUCCCCCCCGUCACCCCCACUUACUGCGCGCUAUACAAUAUCCAGUUGCAUGUAGCACCUCCCAUGGAUCUUAACUCCAGAAAGGAGCCUUAACACUUAACACUUUUUCUUUGACAGAAGACUUUUUAAGUUGAUCAUUCUACCUCACUUACGUUUCACUUACGAGGUCAUAGAACUGUUUUUGAUUAGAAGUUGCAUGCAAAUCUUUAAAAAAUCUUAUUCUAGGUCUACUGAAAACCUCUUUUAGUAAGCACUCGUUAUUUUUCUUUCCUGUAUCCGUAUCUCUUUGUAAGUUAUUACACAUUCAUUUUUUACAGUUAUCUAGUCAACAAGAACUUACAAAAUUGGACAGUCGGUCCUCAACUUAAAACUACGAGUUAGUUAUAAGUUGUUACCCUCUAUCCAUCUUUAUCUCUUUAAAGGUUAUUACAUGUACAUAGAAGCAUCCAGUCCACAUCAACCAGGUGAUGAUGCAAAAUUGUACAGUCCUCCACUGAAGGUCUUUGGGAUUAUGUGCCUUGAAUUCUAUUACUAUAUGGCUGGUGCUGUUAAUGGAAGCCUGAACGUCACCAUAAAUGAAACAGUAGUGUUCUCUGCGAGUGGUGAUAAAGAAGACAUAUGGCAUAAAGCUAGUAUAAAUAUAUCAUCUAUUGUGGGAUUACAUCGGGUAAGCCAUCAAAACCAUCUGAAAACGGUUUUCUCCAAACGCAGAAGGAAGCCCUUGAUUUUAAGCUGCAUAGGGCAGGAAUCUUUGACAACCUUUUGAGAAUUUCGAGAGUCUAAAUUCCACAAAUCUUACUUUAGACGGACUUUCUGUAUUUAUCAGCAAAACAAGUAAAACUAUAAUACUUCAUCUUAUCAUUAACUAUCAAUUAAACACAUACAAAAUGUAAUUUAUAUAUCACUCUAAAGUUCGUAAAUGCAAAGAAAAAUAUCACUCAGCGUUUCAAAGCGGAUGUGUUUGCUGUUUGUUUCAAUUAUUUACUUCUUUAAACUUUCCAGUUAAUUUUUCAUCUCUGCAAUAUUAAUUUGUCUUUAAAGUCCAUCAUUAAAGCGACCCUUCUAGACUGAUUACACUGUAAUACCAUGUUUUUGACAGGUAACAUUUGAAGGCGUAGUAGGAAGCAGCAUCACUGGUUACAUAGCAAUUGAUGACUUCUCUUUUACAGGGGGGUCUUGUCCUUAUGGUAAGUACUUCGAUCAAAGGGUGUACUUUCACGUAUUUUGAGAAGGAAAAAAGAUUUCUUCACAACAAUGGAUAAAAAAUAUGUAUUUGUUACGAAGUAUUUUAUACUUGCAUUCAAACUAUUUACGGUUGUCUUUAAAAGAAGUGACAGAAGUAUUUCCUCGGAUGACACUUAAAGGGUGGAUUUAUUUGUAUUAUUAUACGCGUAUAGCAGUAGCAUUCUCUCGUUGAUUUUAAGCUCAAAACCAAUUAAAAGAAAAUAAUUGAACGAGUAGAUGCGACGGCUAUACGCGUUGUACGGAAUACUCUCUCCCUUUCCGCAGAGGCCUGUUUGUGUCCUAGGCUGAGGCUGGGGAGAAGGGAAAAUUAAAGUGCAAGGGGAGGGGGGGGGCGGGGGGUAAGGAAAGCAGUCCCUCCUCCCAUCGUCCACUGAGUGCUUGCUGUUUUUUUUUUUUAUUAUUUUUUAAUUAUUAUUUUUGACCAGUUGAGUAUCCUUUCUCGUGUCGUGAACAGUAUAAGUUGAAGUCAGUUAUUAUGCUAGGUAUUCAUAGGCCAUAAUUCGCUCGUUGGAACUUUAUCUUUGCAAAAACAAUUUCUGUGCAAGGUCUUUUUUGACAACAAUGACCGGAGAAAUGUUAAACUGAAAACUCGUCAAAUUCGAGGAGGGCGUCGUAGCUAUGUGACGUGAAGAUACGUCUGGGAAUUAAAUGACGAAAAAAAGAAAACUUAAUUGCUCAAGAUCUCGAGCCAUCAUUAUAGCGGGAAAAGCCUUCACACCUGUUUAUGAUUACUCCCGACGUAGCUACUCGAACCAAAUCGAACGUUUUAUAAAUCGAACUAAAUCAAAUCGAGCUUAAUAGAACGAUACGGUUCGAUUAAGUUCGGUAAUCGACCACAAUCGAACUCUCCAAACAAAAAAAAGAAGUAAUCGAACCCAACCGAACUUUGAUUGGAAUUUGUAUAUGCCCUGCGAUCUUGUGGAUUCGAAGAGCAAAUGCUCAUCUUCUCGUCAAGUUUAAUACCUGGACGAGUCAAAGGCUCUUGAAAUACAAUCCCCAAGUUAACCAUCGUACUAGUCUUAAAGAAGAAUCAAAGUCUUGACCUGGGUGAAAUACAUAGCAUUUAUUAAUAAUUAAUAGUCCAGGCAUUUUACGGAAAUAAAUAGGUCAACCUGUCACUACAAUAUAUCAAAAGUCCCUGGAAAUCCCUGUAGGGGAAGUUGCCAAAAACGGGUUUUACUAGAACCCCAUGUCUCCCCAGUCGAGCCACCUUAAAACCGCGAGAAAUGGUGAUUUUUGUGCUUGACAUGAAAAAUAACACAUGAAUAAGCACUAUGUAGUCCUUGUAGAAGUUCUGGCUUUUCCGCUUUGAAAAUCGGCCAGUUUAGUCACUUUUUUGUAUGGGAGGUCACGUUUUGAGGCUAUAAAUAUUUGUUUGGUAAGUCACUUUAUUCAUGUGUCAGCAUAUGGAUAUGUUAGUCUGACUAUUAAGGAAGACUCCCUGAUUACGUCGUGUGGACGUUCUGGCUUUUCGUCAAUUUCUGAAAGUACUCCUUUUCAUUUAUGUUUGUAAAGCCCGAGGACACGCUCGACUUGGUUUGAAACUCCCGCCUGCAGAUUAAUGUUUUGAAACGGAUCUAAAUUUGAAUAAUUAUCUUAUACAAUGUUUCCUCAAUGUUUUUACAUGUUACCCAACUCAGGAUUUCAAAGAGAAACGUCAUACCAAGGGAGAAUAAUUAUCCUCUCUUGCAUUUACUUCACUUCCAUCGUCUUACAAAUAGAAACCGAUGCAUGGAGUGCACAAACCAAUCGAGUAAAAGAGCGCGUCUUUAAUAUGAUAUAGGUGGUUUUCAUGCAAUCUCGGGAGACACAACUAACAAUGGUGAAAUGAACAAAUGCUGGUGGACAAACAAAACGAGCUAAUGAGCGAUCUUUAGUUUACCGUCCACCAGCAUGGCGGCGAUGACGUAACGUGAAAACCACCUAUGGCGUACAUUUGCAGACAAAAAUAAUUGAAAAUAAAAGACAAGUUGAAGUUCAAAAAUUAGGCUACCAUGUCGAAAUUAUAAAUCUCGUCAUAUGAAUUUGAAAUCGCAAUGAACGCAGUCGAAAUAGCAUCAUUCGAACUUGAAGUUACUUCGAACAAGUUGAAAUUAUAAAAAGGGAAAACUGGAUGGACAUCGCGGUUGUUGAAGUUCAAAUCACCAUUCCAACUAAAAUGCAAAUUACAUGAUUUGAACUUCAAUUGACCUUUUCCACUCUAAUAAGCCACUUAAUCGUCAACAAUGCAACCAUAAUCUUCCGCAAAGUUCCAAAUGAAACGUUUAAUUUGAACUUAAAGUCACGUCACAUGAAUAUUCGAAUUCGAAAAACCAAAAUUUCAAUUCCAAAGGAAGCGGAAGUAAAAAUACACAGGAAUCGGAAAUGAUAAGAGUUUCGCUACACUGUACAUACGGGAUGUUUGCAUAACUGAAUUUUGGCGCGAAAAGAUUUCCCUUCACUCGAACUCUCUGGUCAAUAUGGCGGACAAUGUGAAUGAUAAGGGUGACUCUAAGACAAUCCAACAGAUUGUGAAGGCUGUAGUGGCAAACUUAAACUUUAUAAAAGGAGAAGCGUUAAGGCUUCUGAGAACAAAUUCUUCUCAAUUUACUUUUGAGGAAAACAUGAGUAAUUUCAAAACACGCCUGCAGAAUAGAGAUUACCCAGCUAGAAUUGUAGAAAAACACCUUUCAGAGAUUAAAUUCUCCGAUAGAGAAAUGUCACUAGCGCAGAAAAACAAAACCGCACCUAAGAAAAUACUGCCCUUUGUAACACAAUACCAUCCGGCGUUGCCUAACCUAAAGGACACACUCAUGGGAAAAUGGCAAUUAUAGAAAAUCAAACCGCAACUGAGAGAAAUCUUUAAGGAGCCUCCCAUCAUCUCAUGUCGUAAGGGAAAAUCCCUAAAGGACAUCCUAGUUAAAGCUAAGCUAUGAAGGCUUUUAUUCAUCCGCGAACUGCGGGAGUCAUGUAGGCUUGUCAACACUGUUAGCAGAGUUGACAAAGUUUUCUCGUGAGCAUCAAGUCGACGAAAUAAAAAUUCAGAAUUAUCAUAUGAUGCUGAGUUUAGAUUACUUUCUGAUACCUCUAACGGUCUAACCAGUCCAACGAAAAACUCUUCGUUGUUCGGUAGCCAUCGAGCAGCCAUGACGAUGAUCACAUCAGAGAUGAGGAAAGCUCAGGCUCCAAGCCUCCCAUUUGUAGACUCGUACCUAGUCGUUACUCUGUUCCUGUGUAUUUUUACUUCCGCUUCCUUUGGAAUUGAAAUUUUGGUUUUUCGAAUUCGAAUAUGUGACGUGACUUUUAGUCCAAAUUAAAGGUUUCAUUUGCAAUUUUGCAGAAGAUUAUGGUUGCAUUGUUGACGAUUAAGUGGCUUAUUAGAGUGGAGAAGGUGAAUUGAGUUCAAAUCAUGUAAUUUGCAUUUUAGUUGGAAUGGUGAUUUGAACUUCAACAUCCGCGAUGUCGAGUUUUCCCUUUAUAGUUUCAACUUGUUCAAAGUAACUUCAAGUUCGAAUGAUGCUAUUUCGACUGCGUUCAUUGCGAUUUCAAAUUCAUAUGACGUGAUUUCGACACGGAUAGUCUAAUUUUUGAACUUCAAAUUGUCUUUUAUUUUCAAUUAUUUUUGUCCGCAAAUGUACGCCAUAAUAUGAGCUGCUUUGACCGGUUCAACGAAAGUGAAACGCUACGAUGAAACAAAAGGAAGUGUUCCGCUCAUUUCUUUUGCUAUUUGACAACGCUUUUUUACAGUGUAUUGAGAGAAACUGUUUAGCCGUUGCACGCAGUCAGAUCAGUCAGAUCAUUCUAAGUGGUAUUCAAACCGUUUCAUUGACAGCUAGCGAUUCUUUUACGGGAGUAGUCGGCUUUCCGAUAGCUUAGUUAUUCAAUUACUAUGCCGCGCAUUAAAAAAGUGGGCACUGUAAGUACAUGUUGCAAAAGACGAUUAUAGCAUUCUGAGAAAUGAAUCACUUCUAAAGCCUUUUGAAACAAUAGGGAACAAAACUCUCUUGGGGAGAGGGGAUGAAUUCGUUUCUACUUACCCCUACGUACGGUGACGUCAUAACCAAAUUUCUCGCAUCGACAGUUUUCCACUUUGUCUUAGGUAUGGAGCUCCACGCUCGCGCGCGCGGAGGCUCCGCUAUUAGUGAGCUUAAGAUCCGACGACGGCGAGAGUCUACGACGGCAGACUUGGUCGAGGGGGCUUGGAGUGAGGUCGCCGUCGCAAUGGCGCGAAAAAUAGCAUUAAGAAAGCUCGCGCGACGGCGGGUUGUUGUAGCGCCUUUUCCUGUUGAAGUUUAGAAAUAAAUACAAGAGCGAUGGCUACUUUUAGAAAGGUUCGUGAAUUGUUACUGACAAGUUUCGAUGAUGGCGACAUUUCAGAAGAUGAAUUUUUACUGUUGUAUGAUGUCAACAGAUCUAAAAAUCCGGAUUUUGCCAACCAGAAUUACGAACAUUUUGAAGACUUCAUCUCGACCUUGGAAACCGAUUAAAUCGAUUCACCAUUAAAUCAGUUCAGAUCUUUCUAACGCAAAUCAAAGCGGUCUCAGUCAUGUUUGUGUACAUGUGUACAUGUGCAAUAUGCCGCCUAAUUCAAGCAUAAACUAAUCGUGAUGUUGUCUUUUGAGCAGUUUCGAGAAGCAAGCGUUUCGUGUCUCCACGACGAUGCAUUUUUUUUGCCUUACUGAAAGCUCUUGAUUAAAAUUACAUUGUAAGAGAAGCCGAGUCAAAAAAAAACGCUAUUUCGAGAAAAAAUGAGUGACAUAAUCCAUUGGACCUCAAUUUAAUGCCGAAACAAGUCUACGAUAUCAUAAUUGUUAAUAAACACAUCAAUAAACACAAGAAAAAACUUGUAAAACUCACUGGGUUGCUUUCUUUGUCGAAUUGACCGAGUCCAUGGCGAUUAACGAGUCAAACUGUUUAGAGAAGGUAAACAAAUUUAACUUAAAUACCGUGUUCAAAUCGUUUAAGUCGCUUAGAAAUUCGACAAAAAUGGUCUAGUGAGAAUAAACUGUCAACAGUGCUAAAGAAUUUCGCUCAAAAUGUGUUUAAAUGGCAUUAUUUUGAUCAAGUUUACUCACGUUUUACACGCGACGGCAAAAUGGCCUUCUUCACGUCACAGACAAGGCCGCUACGGCGGGAAACUUCGCAAUGACGGUAGCCGGAAGUCUUUCUAGCAGUAAUUUCACUUCCGCUCGCCGUUACAGACGUCUGCCGUCGUCGGAUCUUAAGCAGGCUAUUAACUGAGAUUUACCGACAACCGGCAUAUAUCGAAAAUGUUAACCAACUACCGACAAAGUAACUGACAACCGAGGGGUGGACCCCCCCCCCCCAUUCAUACCUUCUUAAAAACAUGUCAACAACGGACAGAGGUUUCUGACAGAUCCCCUCGACCGGGGCUGACAAUUAAGAUGACAAAUGCCCGACAAAUGCCCGGGGGGGAAUGGACACGCUUGGAAUUGAUUGAGCCAUUAACUUAAAAUGCCAUAAGAAAUAGCGAAACUGAAAGAAAAGAUACCUUGGAUGGCACAUUACGCGAUGCUAUGGAGGCCCGCUCAUGAUUCUUUAUCAUCGAUUGUAACAUUCUACAAUUUUAUACAGACUGAGAUGCCAGAAUAAUUCAGUCUUGACUAACCUAAUCGUGCUCUUCGGUUAAAGAACCACGAAAAUGGAGAAUCAGAGACUAUAAUUAGAAACUGAUGUUAUGAAAGUUCGAACUUCAAAAUAAUAUAGUUAUAUUACAUUUACAAAAAUAAUGUAGUUAUAUUACAUUUACACUAAAGUCAAACCUUUUUAAUACGGAUACUAAAGGGCCAGAACCAAGUGUCCGCUUUACAGAGGUGUCCGUAUUAUGGAGAUAGGGAAUGUAUGAUUUUGGCUUUUCGGGAACCAAACGAACUCUCCGUAUUAUAGAGGUGUCCGUAAGGAGAGGUUAGACUGUAUCUGCUUAAUCUGCAGCCAUCCGUAGCUAAAGGAAGUUAUCGACAGAUGACGUAAAUAUCCUUAGACCGAUUAAAGUUUGGCAAAAUAUAUUUUUUUUAUCUUUUAAAAACUGGAUAAAAAGUAUGAUCAUCUGAAGAGAGCUGUGAAGCAUUUUAUGGCUUACGGAGUCAAGUGGUUCAUCACUACUCUUACUAGGCACCAUGUCUACUGUUAUGAUGCAGUUCGAUAUGCAAAAGCUCUAACCAGCUGCUACGAAUUCGGAAACCAAGAAGCAUAGUGUUAAGAACCUUUUGAAUAGUAGAUUCACUUUUCGAUUGUGGCAAAUUCUCGUUAUUCUGUUCGUAAUGACAAUCAUUAUUACUGUCACUCGUAUUCUGGCCGCAAGGUUUGGUCCAGGGAGCCCAUGCUACAAAAUUUCUGGCAAAGAACAUGAAAGAAACCAGUGGUGUAUUCCCAGCAACUAAGGAGGAUAGAGGUAACCUAACUUUCCUCCCACUUCAACACUUAGCGUUUAGUGCUCCAAUGCUGCGCUCUUCUAGAUUAUUGAAUUUAAGUAAGGGUUGCAUUGUGCAAGCCAUUUCAUUCCUAAAACUACGAGCGAAUUAAAUUAAUUCAUCCAGUGUUCAAUGAAAUGCCUUAGCAAGAUAUAUAACCUUAAAAGAAAACCUCCUAAGGUCAGGAUUUAGUAACAAAAUGUCGUCUUAUGUUGACUUCUUUAUUUUGGUUGUAACGUUAUUCAAAAAUCCAGCUCUGAUAUAUAUUUUUCCCACCCUUGCGGCUAACAGAAAUCUGAUAAAAAAGGAUAUAUUUUAAAAGCUAACGGCUUUCAUUUUUCAGCUUUAAAGCCCUACGACUAAAUUUGUUGUAGUUCUACAGCGAACAGUUCACUCUAUUACUCUGAAAACCUCCUGUUGUUUUGGGGUUUCUUGAGUGGAACAUUGGCUUCCUGUGCAAAAGCCAACUGUGUUUAAUAUUUAUCCUUUUGAAAAAAAAGAAACACCUUGUUUUUAUCAGCGAAAACUAGGUAGUAGUUACUCUUUCUUCUUUCACUUUUCCAUAAAAGUAAAAAACACAUUUUGCGCAUUUUUUUGUUUAACCGUAUAAUUUUAACUAAAGUGGGUGCCCUGUGUUAAAAGCUCAAAAUGUUUAACGCCUAAUUUUGACAUGUUCCGCCGAACGGAUUUUGGCGGAUUUUUAGUAUGUUGCCAGAUAGGCCACCCCCUACUUAAAUGGCGUUGAAAGCAAUUCUGUUGCGAUCAGUUUGAUGUUGAGUCUCGAAAAUGCCUAGAUUGACUGGACUAAAGCCCUCGGCUCUUUCGGCUUUCUCCCUCUUCGAGGAGCAGGCACAGGCUUUGUUGUCGUACUGCCACUUCCACUCAUUUUUAAUCCCUCACUAUACAUACUACUUUUCACUAUAUACACUACAUUCCACAGAGAAGCAACGCUAAAAACUGCUUUAGAAUUACUGGAUUACAGCGUCAAGAUUCGAAGCCAAAUGCAGAAAAUAACACGCGCUUUUCUCCCUCGAAAUCAAUCACCGAGUGUAUCAAAUUCACAAAGAGGGCGGAGUUGUGAACAGAUUUUUGACAGCUCGACGACAUUUUUGAACCCCCUGGUCGGAGCGAACUCAUUGUAUGGAAAAAGGACAGUCGGUUUUUUUCUCUCUCGCCAAACGCGCCCUACGAGCGUGUAAAGCUCGCGCGAGUAAGACUCUUACGCCACGCUUUACCAAUUUCUUUACUGAUUUUAAGAAAAAAAACCCGACUAUUUUGCAGUCUACAGGAAGCAAGAAAUAAAUAAAUAAAGCCCGCACUUAUUAAAUAAGCAACGGGCUAUGAAGCCCUUCAACACAAAUAUUUUGGAAACGAUGCGCCUCUCCUCAUAGUAAAUAUGGCAGCCGAGCCAUUCUUGGUUGCAUUUCUAGUCAAUUUAGAAGACCUGAAUUCCAAUAUUACUUGGAGCGCAUGCUCCCUUACUACGCUUGCAUUUACGCUUAGGUGUUAAUUAAGGUUACGCCUCACAGCUCUUAACUAACUCGCGGUCAGCCUGUGUAAUUGAACUUUCUAGGAUCGUAUCAUGCCUUUGAGGUGAUCGUUGACCCCAGGAAAAAAAAAGGCGGCUCAGUUUUUAAUAUGAGAAUUUAUUUCUUUUGUUUAACUUAGAAAUAAUAGGCAACUUUGAAACAAUAUGCAACUUUGAUGUUUCAAUGUGCGGUUUCGUGCAAGGCAUUGAUGACACGUUUGACUGGACUCGACACCAGGGAAGCACAUCUUCUACCGAUACCGGACCUUCCUUUGAUCACACCACUGGAAACUUGACCGGUGAGCUCUAAACUAAUUCAUCAGUACAUCUAGCCAGUCCUACUAUUGGCAACGAGAACUGUAAUAACGUAUAGCAAAUUUAACAGUCAGUUGGUCGGCAUUUCUACUUCAUUUUUAGCAUGAAAAUAUCGCUAGUUUUAGUCUUGCAAAUUUAAUUACAUGUCACUCUUUUCUACCCCUUUUUUGUUGUUGUUGUUUUCUUAGAUUAAACUGCUCGUUUUAGUUUCUUUUUUUGUUUCUUGUACGUUGCACAGGUGUAUUAAAUGUAGGCGAGAGUAUCUAAUUUCGACUGCCGCUUCGGACCGGUGCAACUCCAAGGUUGCAGUUACUCUUUACAUUCUGGGCUUUGCUGUCAUUUGCCCUCUUAUUCUACCAUGAAUAAGCGUCUUCCUUCAAAGAAAAAAAUAAAACGAAUAAAAGGAAACUUGGGAGUUACUAAUAGGUACUUCAGAUGAUCAUUCAACGUCAUUUAUGCUGAACCAACGUUGUUAGAAUACUGUUUUAAGUCAACUGGAUACAGUCAAUGCAACUCCCUUUAUUGCGGACACUGUAGGGACCUCGAGUAAGUGUCCUUAUUAGCGAGAGUCCGUAAUAGCGGGAGUUUAUUUCAGUCAAACAUCUCUAAUUUGUUUUUUCCUGGGAUUUAGCUGCUGUCCUUUUUAUCGCGGUGUCAGUUAUAGCGGGGUGUCCGCAAGGCGAGAGUUGACUGUACUUUUUCAGUGCCUUUUGGUCAAUUUUUUUUCUUGUUGCCUUCCUUACAUCUUUUCCUCUUUGUAGGUUAUUACAUGUGCAUUUUUUAGAAAUAUUUAGUCCACAAGAGAGAGCUGGAUGAUAUGACAAAACUGGACCGUCCUCUACCGAAAAAGACUAAGUUGCUACUCUCUAACCAUCUUCAUCCCUAUAAGGUUAUUACAUGUAUAUAGAAGCAUCCAGUCCAAGACAACCAGGUGAUAACGCAAAAUUGUACAGUCCUCCACUGGAAUUCUUUGGGAAUAUGUGCCUUCAGUUCUAUUACCAUAUGUAUGGUGCAACUACUGGAAACCUGAGUGUCACCGUAAGUGGGAACUUAGUGUUCUCUGCACGUGGUGAUAAAAGAGGCAUUUGGCGUAAAGCCAGCGUAAAUGUAUCAGCUAUCGAGGGAUUGCAUAGGGUAAGCCAUGCGUUAUUUUUUUCUAACAACAACAAUAACAACAACCGAAUCUUUAUUUUUAUCAACUCAUUGCUUAACAAUAAAUUAGGAUAAUGAAAAUAUUGAAAGUAAAAUUAGAAUUUAAACUUUAAUGACCCCAUCAAUGGUGAUAAAACGCUGUUUCUGAGAGCGGUAACUGGGGAAGCCAACCAGGUUGGAAGCCAUAAGCCACCAAUUGCUCACUUUUUUUGUUAAUUUAAUUGCCAUUAAAGUACAGCAGCGGGUCAUGGAAUUUUUCAGUAAAGGGUUCCGAACUUUUGCUCACCGUUGAAAGUAUGUUACAACUGAUAGUUUUCACCGAUGCUGGCCAUUAUUCGCUGUUAUUUAGUUAAAUUUAUAUUAACUACGUAGAUUCCUAUCUGCGAUCCUUAAGUGGUAGUAAUUUUAGUUUUACUGAAAGCACCCUCAAUAACAAGACUUUUCUGGUCUGAAGGGUGCGCAGGUCCACCAUCCAGAAGACGUCUUUCGGUUCUCGGGUCUAUGUUCUCCGAAUCCUACUUUAGCCAUAAGUUUCUGUACUUCGGUCUGUAAUGAAAAGCUAAAAAAGUCGACAAGACUGAAUCCGUUAUAAUGCUUCAUCUUUACCAUUAAUUAUAAAUUAAGCACACAUGAAAUAUAAGUGAUGUACCAUUUGGUAACAUCAUUUAGUCAUAGCAAGAUUAUUCUUUCUUACUCAUAGUGGUGCAAGUAAGUCCGUAAAUGUAGUGCAAAAAUAUGAUGCGCUUGGUGUUUCCAAGAGGAUCUGUUUUGCUAUUAGCCGACAUUUCCCUAUUUCUAUUGUUAAGUUUCUAGUUUUUUGACAAAUUCGAAGAUAAUUUUUCAUUAAUUUCAAGACAUUAAUAACAACAGCGACUCUUCCGGACUGAUUGCACCUUUGACAGGUAACAUUUGAAGGCGUAGUGGGAAGCAGUUACACUGGUGACAUAGCAAUUGACGACUUCUCCUUGACAGCAGGGUCAUGUCCUUAUGGUAAGUUUUUUGACUAA